GCUUGGCGAAGACCAAAGAUCUCUCACCACCUCAAAUGCAACACCACCUCAUUCCUCUUGCACACCUCAAGCUGCUAUCUGCCCCUAGCCAACCCAAUUGACACCACCAUCAAUGCCGCCCCCAUAACCCCCGCUACUCCACCACCCACCAUGCCACCGGCACUUCACCCACGCUCGCGCAUGACAAUGUCGCUCUUCUCCACCACCCUCGCCAUUUCCUUCCUCGUCGUCGCCACGCCCCACGUCCUUCCAUGCCCCGUCCCCGCGGCCCGUGCCGACGCCGCAGACCCGGAUCGGCCCCGGCGGCGGCGAAGAUGUCAACGCGACGAACACGGGAACGUCAUCCCAGGGACAGAGAUACAGGCUACGAGUUCAGGGGGAACGGAUGCAUUGGGGCUAGGGGAGAAGUGGAAGGAAGGGGAGAGGGAUGUAGAGGCCGAGGUGCAGGACGAGGGGACUUCGAGGAGAGUGCCGAGGGGAAGGGAGUGCCCCGUGCCCAAGCCUGGAGGGCUCGUGGGGCAGAUACUGGGGAUACCAAAAGAUGAGAGGGGGGAGAUGCCUAGGGUUGUGAGGAUAGAGCCAGUGAGGAGGAGGAGGAUCGGGAGAGAGCAGCAGCUGGAGAAGGCGGAGGAUGUUGCUGAGUGAGGGCGAAUAUCUCCACUAUUGUACUGGUCGGCGUAUAGAAUUGCAUUUUCAAGAGGCGUGAGAGCUCCUUGUUGCAUAGGAGACGGUAGCAUGGCAUGGUGUGGAGCGUUUGAGCGGUGUAUGAGCAUCUGCUGUAAAAUAUGCGUGGGUAAAUGCCGCAAUAUACAUAUGCUAACAUGGCAAAAGUCUGCCUACACCUUUCUGUGGUGCUUUAAUGUGCUAACAGAGUGCUGUAUCAUGAUUUCCUGGCCAUUUGCAAGUUGCUAAGAAAUUAAUUGGCCACUGGUUUAGAAAUUGCGAUGUCAUUAAAGGUGCUGAGCGUAGUCGCGUGAG